AUGCUAUUCGAUUCGAAACCAAUCAAUGGCGUGUCGCCGAAUUAUCGUGCGAUCGCCAUUGUUGGUGUCUUUAUACUCACAGUUUGGAUAUAUUUUGUACCACCAUGGGGCUCGUCGCACCCUAACACAGAUGGGACGUACGUAGCCGGCGGCUCGUCGAGUUCUGGGACAUCACCCAGGGAACUUGCCGCAAAUGCGACACUUGGGUUCCAAACCAUCCUCGCGCUCUCGACAGGCCCCAGCUGGCGAUCGCGCGGUCUGAACGCUGCUGCGAAAUAUGUUGGAAUACAAGUCCAGUACCCGCCGCAACCGCGCAACCCAGAGAGCCUGGUCGAGGCAUUCCAGAAGAUCGGCGCAGGAGAGGGAAAGACAACACCAGCGAAGGGAUCCGCGACGGCGUGGUUCGCGCAUCUCGAUCUUCUGAAACAUUUCAUCGCAAGUGAUUUGGAGACAGCGUUCAUUGUCGAGGACGAUGUCGAUUUUGAUGUCAACAUCAAACAGCAGAUAAGAUUGGCGUCGGACAAUGUCAGGAACUUCACCAAGGUGACAGACGGGUCGCCGUGGGGCAAGGAAUGGGACAUGCUGUGGUUGGGGCAUUGUGGUACGGCGAUGGUUGAAGCCGGUCAGCAAGAGGGGUUGAGGUAUAGGGACAACUCGAGAUGUAAGACAGACUUAUACUCCGGCUGGUCGAAGCAUUUCCUGCGAGACUUCCUUGAGGAAGAUCAUCGUAUUGUGCAGUGGGCGGGCUUCAUGACGGUGUGCACGUUCGGAUAUGGUGUCCAUCGGGAUAGCGCGCAAAAGAUCCUGGAUAUAACCGCGGCAGGCGCGGAUGAGGCCUUCGACGUGGCACUAUCGCAUGCGUGUGGAACGGGAAAGUUGAAGUGCUUGGUCGUCAAUCCCCAGAUGUUCAAUCACUACGAGCCAUCCAAGGAUUCCGGCUACCUGAGCGAGGUUCACAUUGGUGAUGGUCAAGGCGCGGGUGCCGACGACGCGAAAGUCGAAAAGUCCAUGGGAACGACCGGCAACAUCAUGCAAAGCGCAAGGUGUAAGGUGUUGUUCAACAACAGGUGUAUGCGACCGCCUUCGGAAAUCUGA